AUGUCUCAAGAAAGCCCGGAUGUGUUUUUCAGGGAGGAGCGGAGCGAGCUCCUCGAGGGGAGCCUGAGUGACCACCUCAGCGAGUUCAAGAAACGAGAGCACGUGUACCUGGCGUGCAUCUCCUCGCUGGAAAAGGAAAUAUGCCAGACGCACACCUACCUUAACGAAUGGAGGAACAUGCACUUGUACGAAGACGAGGAGGGGAGGACCCUAAAGGACGACAUCAUGAACGUGAACUCACUUAGGAAUCUGCUAAUAGACCCAUCCAUAAAUUUAGAGAUCAAAGAAUUGAGGCAAAAAAUCUACGAAGUAACGAGGAAAUGGAAUCUCGCAGAGGAAAAGCUACAAGGAUUUACUUUUGACGCACAAGCAACGGCAGGACAAAGACUCAUAAGUAAGUGUAAAAAAUUGCAAGACGAAAAUUAUGAGCUGGGAAAAACACUGGAAGAGAAUACCCUGCAGCCUCUAUCCAUACAGAUAAUUAACAUGAAAGAGCAAAUGCUUUUUUAUAAAAAUGAAUUGAAAAUCUUAAAAGAGCUGAAUGCAGACAUUGAUGAAGAUAAUGAGCUUUUAAGUCAGCAGUUGGGAGAGCUUUCGAAAAAGUAUACGGAGAUCAGUAAGGAGAAAGCUGAGUUGGAGGAGAAAAAUUUCCAGCUGAGGAACCACGUCAGUGCGCUGCAGCACAAGUUGAGGGGGCAAACUCACCCCCACCAGGGCGACAGCCUCGGGGACGUGGAUAGGAGCAAUUACGGUUGGAGCGGUCACGGUGCGGACAGUCGCCGUGGGGACAGUCGCGGUGGAAGUCCACGCAGCAGGAGCCGUCGCAGUACGAGCAACCAUACCUACGGGAAAUACACAGCGGAGCGCCGCCACGACACGUACUCCCCCCGCAGCACAUCCCCGCGCCACAAUAAUCGUAGCGGUAGCCACAGAGUUAGCCAAGCGAACUACGAGGACGGCCACCCGGUCGGGGGAGGAUACUCCAAGUAUAGACAAGACGACAGGCACAGGAACUUCCAUCACGAUGAAGAGGAGGGUGUGUUCAGGGAGGGCUACAAAAGAAGUGACUCUCACUUGAGAGAACGAAAAAGCAACCCCGACGAUGACCCCCGUACGUACUAUAAUGGCGACACGUACAGGAAGAGGAGUUCCGAGGAAAGCAGGGAAAGGAAGUAUAGGAAACUGGACCGGCACCACCACAGGGAUGGGAAGGCGGACAGGGAAAGGGGGAAGGAAAAAGAGAAGGAAAAGGAAAGGGAGAGGGAGAAGGAAAAAGAGAGGGAGCGGGAAAAGGAAAGGGAACGGGAAAAGCACAAAGUGAAGGAUAGGCAGAGGAGCCGGAGGGACCGGGAUAGGGAUAGGGAAAGAGAACGAGAUAAGGACAGAGACCGAGAUAAGCAUAGAGAUCGAGAUAAGGAUAGAGAACGUGACCGUGAGCGGGACAAGGCCAAAGAUAGGACCAAAACGAAAGAACGCGAAAAGGCGAAAAACAAGCAUAGAAGCAAAAAUAAGGAAAAGGAAAAGGGAAAGGGGAAGGGAAAGGAAGACGAAAACUACGACAGCAGCAACUACUCAGAACCGAAGAGAAGAUCUACCAAGGAUCAUGGUGAUGACCGUCGGGACAGUUCCAGGGUGGAGAAAUUCGACCACUCCAACGCGUCUUAUAAUGGGGAAGCCGACGACAAGGCGAGCGAAUUUGACCGCUACGUCUACCUGCACAAGUGA